CUUAACAUUGCCCGUGUUAGCGUUAAGCUAGUGUUGAUAAGGUGAGUGGUAGGAGAUAGUUGCCGCUUUAAAGGGAGUUCGUCUUAGUUUCAACAACCAGAACACUGGUGAAAAAGUGGAUAUUAUCGCUGAGUACCUGGGUACGCUUGUCAUCUCUCACAAAACAGCCUGUUGUCGUCAAACUUUUGCCGUGGGAGAAGCAACAACCAGAGAUCAAAUUGAAUGGCCGAAGGUAACUCAGACCCACCUGACCUCAAUCCAGAUGAGGCGUCACAUCAAAAACCAUAUCAGCACACAUUCCGAAGAGGCCGGCCCAGACCUAACAAUGACAGAAACCUGAGCAGUAAUAGUAAUGAUCCUUCUCAACAAUAUGGACACUUUCAUCAGGGCUUUAAACCUCCAUCUAGCCAUAAUAAUUCAUAUUAUGCAGUGCAUCAGCAUUCUCCCUACCAAGAAGAGGAUGGAGGCAGAAGGCGAGGCAGAGGUAGAGGGAGGAGAGAAGGCAAUAGAGGUGCAAAUUUUGGUGGCUCCAGCUCCUGGUGGCAAAGACCUGGAGGUGACUUUGGUCCAUACAGUGGUAACAACAGAGGUGCAGGGGCCUUUCACUCAGGGGCCCAUCCCAUGGAGGGACCCGAUGGACCCAACUGGCGAAGAGAAGAUGUGCGCAGGAAUAUGGAACAAACCACUGAAGACCAGGAUGCCCAGGCUAAAAAACCCAGGAAGUUCAACCAGGAGCCGAGGAGAGGAAAACAAAAUGAAAAGGGUUCUCACAUUAAGGAGAACAACACAACAGUAGGGGGUCAAAGGUCAAGUGACACCAAAGGAGAAACCCCCCCUUCAGACAUUAGGGAAAGAACUCAGAGGAGCAGGACUGGUUCAGACUUUCAGUAUGAUGAUCUUCAGAGGAAACACACUGAGGCAAAGCAACGGCAAGGACCAAUCAAAGUGCCCAAACCGCCAUCUCAAGACGAAAUGGCCUCAGAGAGGGGGGCCAGUGUCCAAGAUGACUCUGGCCAUGGCAGGUCAUCUCAGGAUCCUGCCCGUAAAGCAGGACGAGGCUCAGGGCGGCACACACCCCUUCAGGCCAGAGGAGGGAGAAGAGCACAUUAUCAAAACCACAGGCCAGGCCAGAGGAACUGGGACAAGAUACCUGAGAGCAAGGAGACGCAGACAGGGUGUCUGAUUGAACAGCUGUCUGAGGAGAAGUAUGAGUGCAUGGUUUGCUGUGAUGUCAUCCGGCUCAUGGCCCCGGUGUGGAGCUGCCAGAGCUGCUUCCACGUCUUCCACUUGAACUGCAUCAAGAAAUGGUCUCGAUCCCCGGCCUCUCAGGCAGAAGAUUCAGCUGAAGGCUGGCGUUGUCCGGCCUGCCAGAAUGUUGCACUGAAACAGCCGACCUCCUACACCUGCUUCUGUGGUAAAGUGACGAACCCAGAGUGGCAGCGCAGUGAGAUUCCCCACAGCUGUGGUGAUAUGUGUGGGAAGAAAAGAAGCGGAGUGGACUGCAAUCACCCCUGUAACAUCUUGUGUCACCCUGGACCUUGUCCACAAUGUCCUGCCUUUGUAACAAAAUCCUGUAUCUGUGGGAAGACCAGUCAACCAGUGCGCUGUGGCCAGGGUACAGUGCUGCAGUGUGACAAGGUGUGUGGUGCCCUACUUAACUGUGCUGAACACACCUGCGCCCAGGUGUGCCACAGUGGAUCAUGUCAACCCUGCCAACGGCAGGUUCAGCAGGUGUGCUACUGUGGCGUUGACACUCGUACAGUUCUGUGUGGCACAGAUAAAGAAGGAUUUGAUGGUUCGGGGCAUUUCUCCUGUCAAAAAAUAUGUGGGAUGAUGUUAGACUGUGAAGCUCACCGGUGCCAGCAGGUGUGCCACCGCGGUCGCUGCCAGCCGUGUCCUCGCUCCCCCAUCCUGGUGAAGUCGUGUCCCUGCGGUCAGACGCCGCUGACCAAACUCCUGGAACUGGGCUACGCUGAACGACAGAGCUGCUCUGAUCCCAUCCCCUCCUGUGGAAAGACCUGCAACAAACCCCUGGCCUGUGGCUCCAGCGACACCAUCCAUCUGUGUGAGAAGUUGUGCCAUGAGGGCAGCUGCGGGCCCUGCUCCCUGACCUCUACUAUCAGAUGCAGAUGUGGCUCCAAGACCACGGAGGUCCCAUGUGCAACAAUCCAAAAAGAGGAGGAGCUCGUCUUCACUUGUGAGAAGCGCUGCAGCAAAAAACGCUCCUGCGGCCGACACAAGUGCGGCGAGCUGUGCUGUGUGAAUGUGGAGCACAAGUGCCUCCAGAUCUGCGGCUACAAGCUCAGCUGUGGCCUCCACCGCUGCCAGGAGACUUGUCACCGUGGAAAGUGUGAUCCCUGCUGGCAGUCCAGUUUUGAUGAACUGACCUGUCACUGUGGGCUCACUGUCUUGUACCCGCCCAUCGCCUGUGGCACAAAGCCACCAGAGUGCAAAAACAUGUGCACAAGAAGACACGAGUGUGACCACCCAGUGUUUCACAACUGCCACAGUGAGGAGAAGUGUCCACCUUGCACGUACCUCACUCAGAAAUGGUGCAUGGGAAAGCAUGAGCAACGCAGCAACAUCCCAUGUCAUCUGCAAAACAUUUCCUGUGGCCUGACAUGCAAUAAAAUGCUGCCAUGCGAAAAGCACCGCUGCAGACGGAUCUGUCACCGGGGCGAGUGCUUGGCAGAAGGCAGCUGCCAGCAGCCCUGCGUGCUGCCUCGUCCAGACUGUGGCCACCCGUGCUCCGCUCCCUGUCAUAAAGGCAGCAGCUGCCCACGCACUACCUGCACUGCCAAGGUGGCUGUACAGUGUGAUUGUGGUCGAAGAAAGGAAACGGUUGUAUGCACAGAGGCAACCAGUUCAUAUCAGAGGUAUGCAGCCAUCGCCAUGGCCAGUAAACUGUCUGACAUGCAGCUUGGAGACUCUAUGGACAUCGGUCCCCUCCUCACUAAGAAGGAGAUGAAACAGACCAGGCUUGAAUGUGACCAAGAGUGUGCUACUUUGGAGAGAAACCGGCGUCUGGCAGAGGCGUUGCAGAUCGACACAUCUUCCGACCCCUUCAACGUCCGCUCUACCUCUGUAUACAGCGACAGCCUGAAAGAAGAUGCCAGAAAAGACCUGAAAUUUGUCACAGAGGUAGAAGAAGAGAUCAAGAAUCUUGUUGAGCUUGCUAAUAAGGGAAAACAGCCGAAGAGGAGCCACUGUUUUCCACCCAUGAACCGAGAACACCGGAAGAUCAUCCACGAGCUGGCCGAGGUCUACUGCGUGGAGAGCGUGAGCUACGACAGCGAGCCCAAACGCAACGUGGUCAUCACAGCCCAAAAGGGGAAGUCGGUCUGUCCGAACUCGACCCUGACAUCACUGAUAGAGCGAGAGACGGCGGCGAGGGCCCCACCUCCCAUCGCUCAUAUCAAACAGCACAGCAGCAAGGCCGCCAGUGGAAGCAGCUGGUCGAAGAUGGUUAAAGAGGAGCCUGUGAUCGACUACUUUGAUGUCCAGGAUUAAAAUGCCAAAAAAAAAACAAAGAUGAACCCUCAGGAUCUACUUAUACGAACCAGUCAACAUCUGCCAAAAAGACCUAAAUGACCUUUUUCAUUUGUGUUCAUCAAAGAUCAAUUAGAAUUCCCCCGGCUUCAUUAUCAAAUGAAGUUUGAAAUGUCUCUAGCAUGUGAUCACCUCCUGUGAUAACCCUCACUUGAUAGGAGGAAGGGAGUCAAGUGCUCCCUUUGAAUUUGGAAAUUAAAGUCGCUUGAGUUUGCAGAUUCUGAAGGUGGAUCAUAUUGAAAAGCUCAUGUUUGUUUUCUUUGCCUCCUUUGUGUGCAGCCAGCCCCUCAUCGAACUCAACUUAAUAAAAAGUGAAUUCUUCCUGAGAAUAGCUCACCCAUCUCUACAGCAGAUGCUUCUUUCAGAUUGAGCUCUCCGGUUUAAGAUUCUCAAACAGCGUGCCAGAAACAUUUUCAGCCAUGGGAUAUCUUUUGUUCUUUGUGCUGGUGUUGAGCCAAGGGUUCAGUAGUAAACCUCUGCUGAUUGUGUUUGUGGGUGGGUAGGAGUGGGCUGCACUGCGCAAAGAAAGCUUUGUCUGAAACAUGGCUAUGACCCAGAUGUUGUGCUGCACUUUCUGAGAGCUCUUCCUUGGUAAAACCUUAAGGAGUUUUGAGGUCAGCUUCAGAACUUCUGCACCUGAAGGGGGUUCGUGGACACUUUAACAGGGAGGAUGUUGGUCGGCCCGACGUUCGUGAACCUGUUCUGUAGCAGAUGCAGCGUUUCAGUCGCACCUCAGCAGCCUGAGAGAGAAGAGAUUAGAUGCAAGUAUUACAGACUGUCCUGCAUUGACUUGACACUUCCAGAUUUGCCAUUUGUAUUCACAUACAUGUUGAGCACUCCAAACAUUAUCCCUUUAUUAAACAUUGGCAACAGUCCACUA